UUUCGACACCUCUGUUUCUCCCAACUGUUGGCCGCUUCAACACAUGCGUAAUGUUACAUGUCCUCUUCUAACGCUGUGUUCAAUGGCCUUCCAUGAGAAUGUCUAUCCUCUGUUGUUGUCGUAAUCACCAGUCGUCCGAGAAAAAGACACAAACAGAGCCCCUUGAACUGCCUAUCCAGCCACCUCGUGCAAGAUUGUCUAAGACGCUGUCACGAUCUGACACUGAUAUGUAUCUGUCAUCCAUCUUAGCCUCCCGGGGCCCUUCACAGCUGAUCAUCCCCGCCUACCAUAAUAUUGUCGAUCCAGAAGCCGUUGACGUAGAAGACUCCGACGACGAGGGUCCAGACAGAAACACUCGAGAGCCAAACAUGACUGCCUUGGGAUCAUUCAGAACAAAGUUUAUUCGGCGUUUAUCCCACCGAGCCGACUCCAAGGCCUGCUCUGGACCCUCUGUUGGUACUAGUGAUGAAGAACUUGCCCGACGCGCAGAGCUUAAGCGUCUAAUGCACAAACGAAUUCAAGACGAGCUGAAAAGUGAAGAAGAGGAAGAGGAGGAUGAAGACAAUAACAUGGGGCUCUCACCUCUCAAGCCUCCUGUCAUCAAUGAUUGCAGAGAGUCUGAGCUUCCCGGAGGUGGUCCCAGAGAUACAAUUGAAUUCUCUGUUUCUGCCGUCGACGAUCAAGAACCUAUAAAGGAGAUCCACACACCGUCAGGGACACCAUUUCCCUCAACCCCUGUUAUUACAGGGCCGCAAGAGUCAUUCCAACAGCGAAGCCACCACUCUAAGUCACCUAAAGCAUCUAUCGACAACUCUUGUCAGGAAUACAACAUACUCAACAAAGUCGACUCUGUUGUUCAGCCCCAAUCAUCUCCGCAUCUUACCCCUGUUCAUCUAUUGGGAGGAAGUGGUCGUGGAUCCCCCUCUACUGCCUCAUGGCGCUUGUCUUACAGCGAGAUCCACAUAGAAAGCUAUAUUGAACCAUUAGUAGAGGCUAGAGCAGCCUCUCGUCCUCAAUCACUACUACCAGAACGCUCAUUGUCCAAGCUAGACAAUAACACAACCCAGGCAUCCGAAACAGAUGCCACUAGUUACUAUAUCAAGCCUGCCAUGCAAAACGGAAUGAUUGGAACAAGCCAAGCCAUGCAAACUGGUCAAAAUACCCACCUCGAAGAGGACAGUGAAAACAGGGAUAUCUCUAGCGACUCUUUUGAGACGACAGAUGGCCGAUAUUCACCAAUGGAUGUGUGGUUACGGAGUCAGAACGUACAUUGCGCUUCGGACUCAUCAAGCUGCUCAGAUCCUGAGAUAGGACACGAAAGCUCAAACAAUUGUGAUAUCACAGAUAGAGCUGCAGGGCAGCAGUAUUCAGGAAAGUCUUCAAGUCAUUCGAUCUUCACGGAACAGACUGUUGCUUCCAGUUCGAUUGUACGAGAGCACCCCCCAGGCGCUUGGCCGAUGACACCAGAGCAGAUCACUGGCAAUGAAUCUAUUGUAUCGUAUCAUCCCUCUAACCUAAUACAUAAUGUAAUUGACACAGCAUCGACACCUACGGAGGAUCAGGACCAAGACGUAUCCUCACGUUAUACGUCAUCUCGAUACACCACCAGGCCAAAUAGCCAACAGGCUGCACCAAUGGACUCGCAUCAAAGCCUAACAGAGCUUCUGGGAAAUCGCCAGAUACUGCAGCCACUUUCUUCAGCUCAAGGAUCCGUCAGUCAAUAUAACGUAACGGAUAGUGAGAACUCAGGCAGCUCAUAUCGAACAGCUCUAAACAAAAUGCCAUCAUCAGAUCAUACCAAAACUGAUCCAGAGUUCACACGGGUUGGCAUGGCUGAGGCAUUGUCCAUCAAUGCUUCAGAAACAGAAAGUUUUCGGCAGAGAGAAGAGGAGCUAAAAUCGAUUGAGAAACGGUUUGGGCUCACACCAGCGCGCCGAUAUCCCAGGACACCAGUGCGUAGCAAAUUCAGAGAGGAAUUUGAUGAUUCUAAAGAUUCAAGUAUUGGUAAAAGUUCGAUUCUGUCCAAAUUAUAUCUUGCAAUCCCCAAAAAGUCCAGAAUGCCGAGCUCGCAUAUGGGAUUGAACAAAAGUAACGAAGAGAUUGGAAUGCACCUGGUAGAUUGCCGAAAGUCACAGAAGUUACAGCUAUCCGCGAUAGACUCGAAUCAGGAACAUUGUCUACCCUCCAAAACGGUCCCUGAAACCCAAGAGGAAGCCACAGGCCACCGGCAACGUACUAAGAACCAAGGAGCGGAUCACCACACUGGACGUUUGAAAGGUAGACUCAUCAAAGUAUCGGCCCUCAAAGCAGACUUAAAUAGUUCCGAAGCUCAAGCCAUCCAUCCCGGGACUCGAUGCCUCGAUAUCAAUACAACCACCGGUAAAAAGAGUAUAGGAAAAGACAAGGCGAGACAUCCCCUUCCGGUGCCGGAGGAUAUUGGCGGAACGAAAGAUGCUGAAGCUGGAAGGACUGUUGGCAUACAUGCUGGUGUCUUUCAAGAGUGGGUAGAGCAGCUUCAGGCCGAGGCCGUACAACGAGAAAGUCAAGCUCAGUUUAGACAUAACGUCCCCAAAGAUCAGCCUCUGAGACUGCACACUCCUCCCGCCUCAUGGGCGAAAUGGCCAUCACAUACACGCCGGGAGAGAACGGCAGCAGCUGGUGCUAAGGAUAGGGUAAUUGCUCGGGAUUUUGCAGCUGUACCGAGCCCGGAUCUUUCCAAACCUAGAACAGACAAUAAACAGGCAAUGGGGCCAGAUUUGACCGAAACAUCCAGAAACAUAUCGAGCCAGCUCGGCAAGGCACUGAAAUCUAGCUGGAACAAAAUGAUGCACACAGGCUCUAUUGGUCGCACUCCUGACCAUGGACUCACAACCCAGGGUUCCCUGAUGUCUCAUGGGUUUUUGGAGUACCCAGAGCUCAAGCUACUUCCCACUGCAGAAAGCUACCGAGAGGUACAAGCUCUGGACCAACAGAUAGAUACAAUGAAACGCCGUUCUAUAUCUGGAAAGCGUUGCGUGCGACAAUCUGGUAACGACGGUGCGAGAGGUCCACUAGCAAGUCGUAUUGCUGAGGAGGUCCAUAAAUUUCAGAUUGGCAGCGAGAAUACCCCUUGGACCGAUAUCCAGCACAAUACUAAAUUUUCGACACCUACAGAGUUCUUGUCGCCUGCACAUGCCCUUGUUCGCCGCUCUGGGCCAUAUAAUCAAGAGCCUUUCAGUAGUGCGGGAUUUCAAAGUGCGUACGAAGAUUGCGUGCAGACUCAGAUGCUCGAUGAGGGUGACGAUAACAACAUAGUUGAAGGCCAAGAUAGGGCCAUUAUCAAACGAGCAAAAUCCACUGGUAAUAUCAAGAUCGAACAACCCGAAGACGGGAGAAAUCCUACGCCUAUCCGAAAAGCAAUGAAGAUGGGUCUACGACGACAUAAGUCUUUGGGUUGGAUUCGCGGUCGCAACAAUGGUUCAGACAAGGUCCUUGCGGGAGGGUUAGAACAGCAUAGUAUAGGAGAACUUAAUAUUUCUACCCAGACUAACUAGUUAUAACUUUUCGAACCAGUUGACGGCAUUCCUUCAAGGCUGC